GUCGGGGAGUGUUAAAGAUGGUUCUGUGGUGGCUUGUGCGUUUCCUCCCAGUGGAAAUUUCUUCGUCACUGGAUCCUCGUGUGGUGAUUUAACCGUUUGGGAUGACAACCUGAGAUGCCUGUCUAAUGAGAAGGCACAUGAUCUUGGUGUUACCUGCUGUGAUAUUUCUUCCCAUCCAAUAUCUGAGAGUGAAGAUGGAUUCACACACUUCCAGAUGGCUUCUUGUGGGCAAGACAGUCAGAUCAAACUCUGGCUUAUCUUGUUUGCAGACUCCUCAGGUGUGGAGCUGCAGUACAGAUGUGUGCUGAGUGGGCACUGUGCCCCAGUGCUGGCCUGUGCCUUUUCCCCUGAUGGGCAGAUGUUGGUCUCGGGGUCUGUGGACAAGAAUGUCAUAAUCUAUCAGACUAGUACUGGCAAUACCCUUCAUACUUUGUCUCAGCAUACCAGGUAUGUUACAACUUGUGCCUUUGCACCAUGUAGUCCUUUACUCGCCACGGGCUCGAUGGAUAACACUGUGAUGAUCUGGCAGUUCGACCCUGAGCAGCCCUGUGCAGGAAAUGCUGUGGACAGUGAUGCUGAGGGGGCUGUGGAGUACUGGUCAGAGGAGGAGGUUUCAGCCUGGCUCUGUGCACAGGACUUAGCAGACAUGGUUGAGCUUUUCAAAAAGAACAACAUUGAUGGCAAGAUGCUCUUGAAUCUCACUAAGGACAGUCUGGCUCAUGAAUUAAAAAUUGAGUCCUUAGGUCUGCGCAGUAAAGUCCUCCAGAAGAUUGAGGAACUGAGGAUGACAAGAACCUCAGCUUCUGCUGCUGUCCCUGAUGAGUUCCUGUGCCCUAUCACACGGGAGCUGAUGAAGGAUCCUGUCAUUGCAGCAGAUGGCUAUUCCUAUGAAAGGGAAGCAAUGGAGAAGUGGAUCAGCAGUCAAAGACGAUCCAGUCCCAUGACAAAUCUCCCUCUCCACUCCCUUAUGCUCACACCCAACAGGAUGCUGAAAAUGGCCAUCGAGCGCUGGCUACAGUCUCAGCAGAAAUAG